UUGUCAAUUAUUAUACUCCAAAUGUGGGGUGUUGUUGUGUUUCGGCAUUUUGGCAGAGCAUUAUAAAUAGAGAUUUGAUAACAAAAUCAAACACAAAACUCAUCUCAUCAACAUAUUGAUUUGCUUGAAGCAAGAAGUUGCGUUUGAAAAUUGUUCGUGGAAGUGAUGUCAAGCACCGCAGGUCAAGUCAUCAAAUGCAAAGCUGCAGUGGCAUGGGAGGCUGGAAAGCCACUGGUAAUUGAGGAAGUGGAAGUGGCACCACCACAAGCUAAUGAAGUCCGUGUCAAGAUCCUCUUCACUGCUCUUUGCCACACUGAUGUUUACUUCUGGGAGGCCAAGGGCCAAACACCUCUGUUUCCUCGAAUAUUCGGGCAUGAAGCUGGAGGAGUUGUCGAGAGCGUAGGGGAAGGGGUGACCAGUCUGAAAGCAGGCGACCAUGUACUGCCAGUGUUCACAGGGGAGUGUGGGGAAUGCCGUCAUUGUAAGUCGGAAGAGAGCAACAUGUGCGAUCUCCUUCGAAUCAACACUGACCGUGGAGUGAUGAUCAGCGACAACAACACACGAUUCUCUAAAAACGGACAACCAAUUUACCACUUUGUGGGAACCUCGACAUUUAGUGAAUACACAGUUGUCCAUGUUGGAUGUUUGGCCAAAAUCAACCCUUCUGCCCCCCUUGACAUUGUGUGUGUUCUUAGUUGUGGCAUUUCCACUGGUCUUGGUGCCACUCUGAAUGUUGCUAAGCCCACUAAGGGAUCCUCUAUUGCUAUAUUUGGAUUAGGUGCUGUUGGCCUUGCUGCUGCUGAGGGUGCAAGAAUUGCUGGGGCAUCCAGGAUCAUUGGAGUCGAUCUCAAUCCAAGUCGAUUUGAAGAAGCUAAAAAAUUUGGUGUCAAUGAGUUUGUGAAUCCAAAGGAUUAUGACAAACCUGUCCAACAGGUGAUUGCUGAGAUGACAAAUGGAGGAGUUGACCGAAGUGUUGAAUGUACAGGAAGCAUCCAAGCAAUGAUCUCAGCCUUUGAAUGUGUUCAUGAUGGUUGGGGUGUUGCUGUGCUUGUUGGUGUCCCAAACAAAGAUGAUUCCUUCAAGACUCAUCCAAUGCACUUCCUGAAUGAGAAGACUCUAAAGGGAACCUUCUUUGGGAACUACAAAACUCGCUCAGACAUUCCCAAUGUGGUUGAGCAGUACUUGAACAAGGAGCUUGAAUUGGAGAAAUUCAUCACUCACUCUGUUCCCUUUAAUGAAAUCAACAAGGCAUUCGACUACAUGCUCAACGGACAGUCUAUCCGAUGCGUCAUUCGAAUGGAUCAUCAUUGAUCAAUCUUGAAAACAAAUUCAAUAUACUGUUUUCCAUGACUUUUGUCUCAUUUGUUUGUCCAUCUCUUGUUUCUUAGAAUUAUUUUUGUAAUUAUGUGUGUGAUUCUACUUUCUUAUAUUAUCUUCUGGUGUAAUACUUCUUGAU